CCCCCCACCCUCCGCCAUGGUGAAUCCACCUCCAGAUCGAGAAGGGGAGGCAGCAUACGUCGCAUCCACGCACCAGAUCGAGCAGCGGCGCUCCCAGAUCGAUCCAUCUCCAUCGUCCUCGCGGUUGACGCCCAUGUCCUCCUCAAGGAUGGCCGUCUCCGUGCUCCACCACCAUCCUUUCCCUCCUCCCUCACCGCAUCUCACAUGGCGCUGGGAUCUUCCAGAUCGAGCGCCGGCAGGGUAGGCGCCUCCGCCGCCCAAGUCCAAGACCCCGCCUCCGCCGCCGGCAGGGAUCUUCCAGACCAGCGCAAGGUCUUCCGCGUCACUAACCACGCCGGGGUCGCGCUCGCCGGCCUCACCGCCAUCUUCCUCCAUGAGCUGCAGCCCAUCCUCGCCAACCACCUGCAGACCCAGACCGCCACCACCGGCAACGCAUGCGUCGUGGCCUGCAGUGCCGCCGCUGCCAAGGACCACCUCUUCAAGGGGUCGCAGGAGCAGCCGGGCCUGGUCACCAUCACCAUGGAGGAGAUCCUCCGGUUCGUGGCGUCCGUCGGCGGCGCCGUCUGGGUGUCGUCGUACCAGGCUCAUGUCAAGUCAGUUGAGGAUUUCGCGCGGCUGGGCUGUUUCAAUGAGAACCAGGACAAGCAGCAGCCCGCCAAAGCUUCUUCCACCCAACACCAGCCCACUAAACUGACUAGUUUUUCAUGUCUUGUGUGAAAUCUGUACCCUACUGGAAGAUGCCACCAUCAAGUUAAUAAUAACACUAAACUGGUAUAUGUAAUUAUAGCCAGACAAUUUAUAUAAAAAUAUGUAAUCAGUAAGCCUAAAAGCUGCUAAACUGGUAUAUUCAUUAUUUGAGUUCAUUGGAAUAUAAUAAGAAACAAAGAUGAAUCUAUUUCUGCUAUGUGCUGCCUUUGUGCAUAGAUGUAUCUUCAUGAGUCGCAAAACUCUUGACAUGCUUAUGCUAUAGUUGAUUUUCCUAGGUUGUAGUUUGUUCCAUAUCGUGUUAGGUUGUAUUGUAUAAUCUGCAUUAUAAGUGUGGUUUCUAAUGUGCUUAUGCUAGAUUAAUGCAUCAACCUGACAUGUUACAAACCUUGAGCCAGAACCUAUGACAUCUCAUUUUAAAUGGUAAUCAUUGUUGUUAAAAUGCUACUGUUUGAUUUCAUACAAGUGUGUGCCCCCAACUGUUGUAUAGUUGUAUCCAUACUUCUGAGCAUAUUAUUGUCUAGCCUCUUUUGUGAUUAGUCCUCAUUUUUAAUGAUGUUACUGUUUAUCUAAGAUCAUUUGAAGUUUUGAGAUGGCACCUAGCUAGCCUCUUUUGUGAUUAGUCCUCAUUUUUAAUGUCAUCCACACUAUUUUUUUGUUAAUUUUGUUCCUUGUAUGAACAACCUUAUAAUUUUGGUGGAUGCACGUGUGAGUGGCAGGAGGGCUAGUUCAUGUAGCUUACUUCCUGUUUGUCAUUUUGGUGGCUUGCCAUUUUAUUUACAGCAUUGUGGAUGAUGCCAUUAUCCUAGUUUUCACAUUUAUAUUAGUCACUUAAACAAGGUUGGGUUAAGUUGAGUUGUUUUGCUGCUCAUGGCAAUACAAGCCAAUAGAUCUCACAUGCAAAAAUUCAACAGAUUUUGCUAGGUUAAUGUUGAGUUGGGGCUGCUGCCUGCAUAUGCAAAAAUUCAACAGAUUUACAACAUUGUGGAUGAUGCCAUUAUCCUAGUAAUGAUGCAGAGAUACUUACUUGUGCAGGCAAAGGUAUGCAGAGCCAAAUCGUGUGCCACCGUUGUCGAAGGGUGCUGGCCUGCCUGUCCGGGCGCCCAGCGUGUGCGACGCCAUGUGCCAAGCCAUCACCGCCGUGCCACCCCCAGCGCCAGGAGCUCCAGUUCUACAAAAUUUGAAGUUCGAAACCAUAUAGCUCUACUCAGCAAAGAGUCGUCUCUUCUAUUUGAUUGUAAUAGAAUGUAAAUAUUGUAAUAUUGUAAUAGUAGGCAUAUCUGGGUUGUAAUAACUAUAUACAGAUUGUAGUAGACUUAGUUUUAUUUGA